AUGUCGGAAUUAGCUACGAAAAAGAAGAUGAGAGGUGGGCAUCGAGGCCACGCGGCGAAGUUAAUAAGCGGCGCUCGUGAGUUAGUGGAGACCUAUGACGGACAACGGAAAAGUGCGGUAGAGCAGGCGAAAGUUGGUCUGGAAGAAAAAUUAGAAACAUUGAGAGUAUUAGAUACGGCGAUACAAGACAUGAUUUGCGCGAGUGAAGCUACAGACGAAGCGUUUCUGGAAGAGAUAGAAAGCUCUGCGAAAGUACGGGCAGAGAUGCAAGAAGCGAUCAUAUUGAUCAACGGGGCCCUCACGACGACAGGAGAACAAACCUUGGCUACGGAGCCAAGCAGCAGUAGCUCGAAUGCGAUGGCGGAUCUAGAGAACGGCGGAUCGUCGAGCCACGCAAGACUACCUAAGCUGGAAGUGAGAAAAUUCGACGGAAAGAUCCAUGAAUGGCAAGAGUUUUGGAAUAGCUUCAAAAGUGCUAUCCAUAACAAUACGCGGUUAUCUGACGUAGAUAAGUUUUCAUACCUACGUGGGUUGAUUGUUUUUACCGGCGAAAGCUACGAUUGCGGGAUUUUCCCUCACGGCGGAGAAUUACGCCGCGGCUGCAGAGCUGUUGGAACGGAGAUUUGGCAAGAAAGUUGCUAUAGAACGGGCUCAUGUGAGCCAAUUGUUGAAAGUGCCACCAGUGUACGGCGAAAAGGAUGUGCGUGGACUCAGAAUAUUGCACGACACGGUGGAGACCCAUUAUCGUGGAUUGUGCGCGUUAAAGGUCGACGAAAAUACAUACUCUGGUAUUGUGGUACCAACGUUAUUGGAGAAGAUUCCAGAUUCGGUGAGACUUACUAUCACUAGAGGGGAAGAAUACCUUAAAUGGAGUAUAAAAGAAUUAUUGCAAGCACUGUUAACCGAGGUGGAAUUACGGGAAGACUAUAGACUGACGCCACAAGUGAAACCUCCUGCUGGAAAUGGAAGGAGAAUGUACAACGCGAGUGCACUACAAGUGAACCGGGAUUCUGGUCGGGAUAAAGAUCGAUGUGCGUUCUGUAUGGGGAAGCAUCGCCAUGAAGAUUGUGCCAGAGUGAAAGAUAUGAGAGAACGAAGGAACUUGAUACGUAAGUUUGCUCGAUGCUAUAAAUGUUUAGAGAAAGGACAUUGUGCACGUGACUGUAAAGUAGUUGUUCAAUGUAAAAACUGUAAGGGGGGUCACCAUAGUGCUUUAUGCGAAACUGAAGUAAGCAGUGCAUCAGGGGAGGAGGGUGCGCAAGUAGGGGAUGAGGCGAGCACCCAUAUAGUUAAUGUACCUGCCAGCAUGUUAGUUGGGGGCAGCA